GAGAGUAGUAUGAGGAGGAGCAGGAGGCCAAAGCUGAGCUGCAGCGUGCUAUGUCCAAGGCUAACAGCGAGGUGGCUCAGUGGAGAACCAUGUAUGAAACUGAUGCCAUUCAGCGCACUGAGGAGCUCGAGGAGGCCAAGAAAAAGCUUGCCCAGCGUCUUCAGGAUGCGGAAGAGUCCAUCGAGGCCGUGAAUGUGAAAUGUGCCUCUCUGGAGAAGACCAAACAGAGGUUACAGGGUGAAGUGGAGGUCUUGAUGAUUGACGUGGAGAGAGCUAAUGCUCUGGCUGCAAACCUGGACAAGAAGCAGAGGCACUUUGACAAGGUUCUCGCAGAGUGGAAGCAGAAGUAUGAAGAGAGUCAGGUCGAGCUAGAAGGAGCUCUGAAGGAAGUGCGUGCUUUGAACACAGAGAUGUUCAAAAUGAAAAACUCCUAUGAAGAAGCUCUGGGCCACCUGGAGACCCUGAAGAGGGAGAACAAGAACCUGCAACAGGAAAUAAGUGAUUUGACUGAGCAUAUUAGUGAAACAGGAAAGACAAUUCAUGAACUGGAGAAGGGUAAGAAAACUGCAGAGAAUGAGGUCAGGAGCAGGAACGAUGCCCUAAGGUGCCAAAGAAUAUGGAGAAAGGCCAGGAGGUCGAUGAUCAGAAUGUCACUGAUUCAGUCAAUGUUCUCGGUCCGGCACAUUCUCAGGUUCAGGCGAAGAGGACGUGGAUUGCAAUACCUGGUUGACUGGGAGGGCUAUGGGCCUGAGGAGCGGACUUGGAUUCCUACGAGGUUCAUCAUUGAUAAGGACCUAAUUCGUGAGUUUCAUCGUCUCCAUCCUGAUCAGCCUCGUGGUCCGUCAGGAGCCGGACCUUAG